AUGUCAUUGCCAUCGGCAGCUCGAGGGGUGAGCAAUGUAAUCACAAGAUGUGAGGCGGCAAAGGAAACCGAAUUUCUUGAUUUAUCACAUUGCGGAAUUAUGUACAUUGCGGAUGCAAUUUAUUUGGUGUUGAAAGGGUACGAAGUUACGAAAGUGAGUUAUCAUCUUUUCCCGAUGCUCUACUCACUUGGUCUGAUCUUGCAAUCAUCGACUUAUCCUCUAAUCUCAUUGAGGAGUUGGACGUUGAACGAUUUUUUGGUGCUUUUCCGCGGCUUGUCGCCG